AUAGUGAAACGUAACACGCAAUGUUUAUGUAAACAUUGGUCAGCAAGUUCAUUAUAAAAUUUUCUAUCAAAUCAAGAGUUGAAUACGAAAUGGAAAGUAAAUUGGUGGUCAGAGGAGAAGCCUCAGAAACGGAAAGUGAAGAUGAGCCAAUCAACAUCACCGAAUCUUUAUCAGUACAAGCAACAAUGGCAAACUCUAGGAAAGGUGAAGUUAUAACCGGAGAAGAUUCCGAAUCUGAUUCAGAAACAGUUAUUUACACGAAUGAACCAACAGAAAAUCAACUACCACGAGCUGCAGAAAAAUCGAUGAAUAAACCUAAAAAGACCUAUGAAACUUUAUUAAUAAGAAAAUUAAAAGAUGAUAACAAGCAACUGUAUCGAGAUCUAGACGGAUUCACAACUGAGACCAUCACCAAAGCGAGGGAUGUUCUGAAUACUGCUGAACAGGAAUUAAUUAAAUCGCAAAUCACUUUGCAGGGUGCUUUGACCGCACUCAGAGGACUGAAUCACAACUCGGCGGCGAUCAAGAACAAACUAAGGGAUAUUCUGUCGUCGAACUUUAUUUCCAACAUUAAUAAAAAUAUUGUUUAACAUUAUAUAAAUAA